AUGAAAAUCCAAACCACGGAUGGUAAAGAUCUGUGGUGCCCACUCCGGUAUGAGAAGCUACCAGAUUUCUGCUAUGAGUGUGGGAGAAUGGGACAUUCAGGGCGGGAGCAUGAGCAACGGCCCCCCGAGGGUACUUUUAACGGCUCUGCACAAUAUGGUAGUUGGCUUCGUGCCUCUUUACUGAAGAAAAACUUGAUGAAUCAGGAUGAGGAGUGGGAGCAGAGAGGAGGUCGUUCGAGUAGGGGCUUUCAGCGUGGUAGUGGUCGAGGUGGGCGUGGGGAGUGGAGCAGAAGUGGGGAAUAUUGGGGGGAACAGAUUCAGCCGGAACAUUCUCAUGGCCGGCCGGAAGAUGACGGAGCAAGCCAACCGAUGAACAGGGAACCUGAUGCGGGGAAAAUGGAAGUGCCGUUGGUGGCGGCGAGAAUCAUGGCUGAGUCUUUAUUGCCACAUUUAUUACAAUCUAAAGGGUGUAAUGGUGUUGAAACUACGUUUAAUAUUGAGAAAGGAAUGAAGCUAAAUCAGUGUGUUCUAUCCCUCGUACAUUGGGGGCGCAAUAAAACAGGGAAUUUUCGAAAUCGUCUGAAGGUUGCUGAAGUUAUGUUGCAAUCUGCAAUCCACGAUCUUCCUUUUGCACCAAAUCGGGAGGCAUUUCAACAGGCCAUAACAAAUAUGAAUCAGUUAUUAAAGGAAGAGGAAAUCUUUUGGCGUCAAAGGUCUCGGGACUUAUGGCAUAAACAUGGGGAUCGGAACACGAAAUGGUUUCAUACUAAAGCUUCCCACAGAAGGAGGACAAAUGAGAUUAAAGGGCUUCUGGAUCAGCAAGGUACAUGGGAGGAGAACAAAUUCAAGGUGGUAGGUAUGAUUGAAUCCUAUUUCACUGAAUUAUUUUCUUCUUCAAGGCCAAGUGUUUCUAUCAUUGAGCAAGUUACUGGAUGUAUUGAGGCCCGUGUCUCAUCUGGUCAUAACUGCGAUCUGCUCAAACCGUUUUGUGAAGAAGAAAUGAUUAUGGCUCUCCAUCAAAUUCAUCCACAUAAAGCUCUAGGACCCGAUCGUUUUUCAAGUGCUUUUUAUAAGAAUUUCUGGCAUAUUGUGGGCCAAGAUGUUUCUUGUUGCUGUCUGAAUAUCCUUAAUAACAGUAUGGACAUGAAGACUCUAAGUGAAAUGAUAUUAAAAAGGGCUCUAGACACGGUUAUAUCACAAAGCCAAAGUGCGUUUAUCCCAAAUCGGUACAUUACUGAUAAUGCUAUUUUGGGCUUUGAAUCUUUAAAGCUUGACAUGAGUAAAGCCUAUGACCGAGUGGAGUGGAAUUUUUUGGAGGCGGUGAUGUUGAAAAUGGGAUUUGAUUUUAGAUGGAAGGUUUAUCAGACCUAUUGCAACGUGCUGCAGAUAGAAAGGGUAUUACGGGAUUAUGUAUCGCGCGUCGGAGCCCUCUUAUUACUCACCUUUUCUUUGCUGAUGAUAGUCUCUUAUUUUUUAAGGCUCGUGGGAGGGAAGGUCAGUGUAGCAGAAAUUGCUUACCGCAAGUGUACGGGUCAAGCUUUAAUAAAGUUGCCUGAAUACCAAGACAGACAGUCAAGCCUUAUUCAAAAUAUCUUAUCUGUUAAUAUGGUGGAAUGCCAGCUGCAAUACUUGGGCCUCCCGACGUUUAUGCCUAGAAAUAGAAGAAUGCAUUUUAAUUAUAUUAAAGAUCGUGUUUGGAAGCACCUUCAAGGGUGGAAAGCGAAAUUAUUUUCCAUUGGUGGGAAGGAGGUGCUUAUUAAAGCUGUUGCCCAGGCUAUUCCUUGCUAUACUAUGUCUUGUUUUCGGUUGCCAAAAAGGCUUAUUAGAGAGUUUCAUCAUAUUACGGCGCGAUUUUGGUGGGGAUCGAGUAAGGAAGAUAAAAAAAUUCAUUGGGUGGCCUGGAAUUCCUUGUAUUUGCCAAAAUGUGAGGGGGGAAUGGGCUUUCGUGAUUUGGAAUUGUUUAAUAAAGCUUUGCUUGCAAAGCAAUGUUGGCGGAUUCUUAAUCAUCCCAAUUCGAUGCUAUCGCGUGUGCUAAAGGGCCGUUAUUUUAAAGAUUGCAGCUUUAUGGAAGCAAAAAUUAGUGGAAAUCCUUCUUAUAUAUGGAGAAGCAUAUUAUGGGGUCGAGAUCUAUUAAAAAAGGGGUUGCGAUGGCGGAUUGGGAAUGGUGACAGUGUUUUUAUAUAUGGUGACAAUUGGGUCCCAAAUCAACCCACUCUCAAGAUCCUUUCAAGUCCAAGGCUUCCUCUGGUUUCAAGAGUGAGUUCCUUGGUUGAUCAUGAGGAGGGUGGUUGGCAGGGGGAUGUUGUUCGAGAUGAAUUUACUCCAGAUGAGGCUAAAGGAAUUCUAUCUAUUCCAAUUGGUAGGGGUGCGGAAGAGGAUAGGCUAAUCUGGAACUAUGAGAAGACAGGGGUGUACUCGGUCAGAAGUGGGUAUAAGGUAGCUUUGCUGAAUAAUCCAUGUGUUCAGGCCCCCUCCUCUUCAUCUUCUGAGGAGGUUCGAUGUUGGUGGAACGGUUUCUGGAAAAUGCACAUCCCUAAUAAAAUAAAAGUGUUUCUAUGGCGUCUAUGUCUAGAUAGACUUCCAACAGGAUGCAAUCUAUCUAAAAGGGGUGUGGAGAUUACAAAUUGCUGCUAUUUUUGUGGGAGGAAUGGUGAAGACAGUAUCCAUCUGUUUUGGAUAUGCAAAUUUGCUGAAGCUUUGUGGAUUAAUUCAAAAUUUGGAAAGCUAUCUCCAUUUCUUAUUCUUCGAGAGUCGCAUGAAAGUCUAAGCAAGGCGGAUUUUGAGGAAUUAUGUGUUGUUAUUUGGGGGCUGUGGAAUCAAAGGAAUGCACGAGCUUUCAAUGAUAGUACAAAAACAGUUUUUAAGAUAGGAAUGGAGCUUGUUGAAUGGGCAAAUAAAUAUGCUAUGGAGUUUAGGGAAGCUAAAUCUAAUCCUAUUACUGGGAGAGUUACAAAUACAGCAGAGAUUUUAUGGCAACCACCGGACGAAGGAAUAUAUAAAAUUAACACUGAUGCCUCAUUUUUAGCUUCAGAUCAACAUGCAGGAUUGGGAAUCAUCAUCCAUAAUGACAGAGGGCAAGUUAUGGCUGCAGCUACGAAGUACUUGGAGAAUAUUCAAUCGGUGGAUAUGGCAGAAGCGAUUGCUGCAGUGGAGGGACUUCAACUGGCGUCGGAAAUUGGUAUGCACCCAGCUUUGGAGGACCUGUCGGAAACGGGAGAAAUCGUUUUGAAGGCGAAGAAUUUCUGGACUCAAUCUUUACAUGCAAGUUUCAAUUUCGUGAAGAGGGAGGGUAAUAAAGCGGCACACAUGUUGGCUCGACGGGCUCUCCUUCUUCAUGAGUUUUCGAUCUGGAUGGAGGAUUGGCCACUGGAGCUGAAGAGCUGUUUAGAAAUGGAAUGUUUGGAGGAGCUUCUGUAA